AAAUUUUAAAAAUCGUGUUUGUGAAAUGUGUAUAGUGACGGCGACCAGCGACUGAGUUGUUGAUAUUUGGUUUUCAAUUGAAUCUUAUAAAGUUAAAGAUUUAAAUAUUAGUAUUUAAAAAUGAAAAUCGAGGAAGUCAAGAGUACUGCCAAAACGCAGAGAAUAUCUGCACAUAGCCAUAUUAAGGGUUUGGGAUUAGAUGAAAAUGGUGUACCUAUUCAAAUGGCAGCCGGUCUCGUGGGCCAAGAAUCUGCAAGAGAAGCGGCUGGCAUAGUAGUUGAUAUGAUAAGAAGCAAGAAGAUGGCUGGUCGAGCUCUAUUGCUAGCUGGGCCACCAGGCACGGGUAAAACAGCUAUAGCACUCGCUAUAGCACAGGAACUUGGCAAUAAGGUACCUUUCUGCCCUAUGGUGGGUAGUGAAGUAUACAGCACAGAAAUUAAGAAAACUGAAGUGCUCAUGGAAAACUUUCGUCGUGCUAUUGGGCUUCGUAUAAGAGAGACAAAAGAGGUAUAUGAAGGGGAGGUAACUGAACUCACUCCUGUGGAAACAGAAAAUCCAGCUGGUGGUUAUGGUAAAACUGUUUCACAUGUGAUUAUUGGACUUAAAACUGCAAAAGGUACAAAACAAUUAAAGUUAGAUCCAACUAUUUAUGAAUCACUGCAAAAAGAAAAAGUUGAGGUUGGAGAUGUUAUCUACAUAGAAGCCAACUCUGGUGCUGUAAAGAGGCAAGGCAGAAGUGAUACUUUUGCUACUGAGUUUGACUUAGAGGCUGAAGAAUAUGUACCAUUACCUAAAGGUGAUGUACACAAAAAGAAAGAAGUUGUCCAGGAUGUAACCCUUCAUGAUCUAGAUUGUGCUAAUGCCAGACCUCAAGGAGGAAAUGAUAUUAUGUCAAUGAUGGGGCAACUAAUGAAACCAAAGAAAACCGAAAUUACUGACAAACUAAGAAAAGAAAUCAACAAAGUAGUUAAUAAGUACAUUGACCAGGGAAUAGCUGAAUUAGUACCAGGUGUUUUAUUCAUUGAUGAGGUUCAUAUGCUUGAUAUAGAAACAUUUACGUAUCUCCAUCGUGCCUUAGAAUCUGCGAUAGCUCCAAUUGUUAUAUUUGCCACAAACAGAGGACGCUGCCAAAUAAGAGGGACAGAAGAUAUUAUCUCACCUCAUGGCAUUCCACUAGAUCUUUUAGAUAGGCUUUUAAUAAUUCGCACGUUGCCUUAUAACAAAGCUGAACUUCUACAGAUAUUGAAAUUGAGAGCAUCAACAGAGGGCAUAUCUAUAGAUGAGGAGGCACUCACAGCAUUGUCAGAGGUUGGCGCUAACAGUACACUCAGAUACGCGGCGCAGCUCCUGACGCCGGCGGCGCUGGCGGCGCGCGCGGAGGGCGCGGCGCGCAUCAGUCCGCAGCACGUGCGCGACGUGCACACGCUGUUCCUGGAUGCCAAGUCCUCCGCUCGCAUCCUCACGCAGCACUCCGACAAGUAUAUGAAGUAGCACCACUCCCAUCUAACUGUGUACGGGUUUUGUAAUAUUCGUCUGGCAAUGUGUCAUCCGGAGAGUUUGAUGCACAGAGUAAGGUAAAUUAAGAGAAUAAUGUUUA